AUGGGUUGCUGUAUAAGUAAACCAGGCCGAACCCAAUCUAUACAUAUUUCAAUACCUCAAUCCAGGGGGCCUACACAAGAGAUUCCUGAACUUCCUCGCUCAAGUACCCUUCCUCACCGUGCAAGAGCAAACGAAAAUCCUACAUAUUUUAUAUGUCCAUAUUGCCUUGGAGAGUUUCGUGAAUCAAUAACUCUUCAAGGGUUCACCGACCACUUACUUUUCUGUAUAAGAAACGGUCCAAUUUCAAAUUCAGCGCCGAAAAAACAGUUCUCUCACCUUUCGAAAGAAUCGCCUUAUAUUACCAAGAUUGAAUGGUUCCGUGACCAAAUAAAUGGGAUCAGAAUUCCAUGGCAAUCUGAGUCUAUGAAACUAAUAAUACAAAGAGAUAAUUUCUUGAUAACGUCAAUGGCUCAUUUGCUUACAUAUACAAUCCAAGAUCUGCAUAAAGAAUUCCAGAUUACUUUUGAGGGUGAAUUAGGGAUGGAUGCUGGCGGGGUUCUUAAUUUUCUGUCUUGAAGAGCAAAUAUAGUUGAUAAUUCUAAAUGGCCAAUUUCUUGAAUAAACAAGAAAUGUUUAUAUAUAAAUUAAUUUAAAUAAAUUUAUAUAUAAUUAAUUAUUAUAAUAAAUGCAAUUUUUCUGCUAUUACUCUUAAAUCUUAUGCUGGCUUUAUAUAUAUUUUUUUACACAAAAGAAAAAAAAAACCUCAAAGAUCUUGAUCACUCUCAGUUUAGAAAGAGUUAGAGAAUGAUUGACAUUACUGAUGAAAACUUUGUUUUCAACUGACCAUGGUCUAUUUCAGUUUACUAACUCAAAGUGCUUGAGUUAUACUUUUCCUGACGUGAUCGAUAAAGCAAGAAGUGACGAAUAUGUUUUUAUGGGGAAAUUAAUGGGAAAAGCUCUGUUCGAAAAUAUCCCAAUUAAUUGUCAGCUGUCAAGAAUAAUUUUCAAACACAUUGUUGAAGAAGAAAUUGUGUUAGGAGACCUAACUUUUGUAGACGAGGAUCUAUACAGGUCUUUGAUUUUUAUAAGAGAAAAUCCUAUUGAAGACGUAUUUUUUGAAACUUUUCAAGUCCAAAAACCAAAGGAUAAGUUCAUUCUCAAAGAAGGUGGAGAAAAUGAAAAAGUUACUGAAGAAAGCAAGCAGGAAUAUAUAGACCUGCGAUUUCGAUUUGAAACCCAAGAUUUAAUUAAACAAGGCUUAGAACUAAUAAUGCAAGGCUUCUAUUCAGUUAUUCCAAAGCCUUUGAUAAUAUUUUUCACAGCCGAAGAGUUAGAGCUUGCUUUGUGUGGGCUUCCUUAUAUUGAUAUCCAGGAUUGACAAGAGUUUACAGAAUACCGUGAUGAGUUUUCAGUAAAUCAUCAAGAUGUCAAAUGAUUUUGGGAAAUCAUAGAAAGCUUUACUCAAGAGCAGCUUUCUGAUUUAUUAAUGUUCGUCACUGGAACCCCUAGACUCCCAGUUGAAGGUUUUUCUUCUCUUACUCCGCCCCCUCCGUGAGUGAACAAAACCAUUAGAAAAAUCGCUAUUUUUUGCCCAAAAACCCACCCUCCGUGAGUGAACAACAUUUUUUUAAUAGAAAAAUUUUUUAUGGAAAAAAAAAUUUGAUAUAUAAAUGAUAAUUAUUAUAAUGAAAUCUAGAGCUAAUUCUGUUUAAUUUUAAACAAAUUGCUUUUUAAAACAUAAGUUUUACAAAUUAAAUUAAUAUUUGCUUCCCAAUUUUUGCGAAUCAGGAUUUUUUUAAUUUCGAAAAAAAUUUUUUUUUAUAAAAUUUAUAUAUAAAUUUUUUUAAAAAAAAAAUUAACCCCCCUCCGUGAGUGAACAAAAUUUUUUUGUUCACUCACGAAGGGGGGAGUUAGAACUAUAAGAGGAGAUGCUGCAAGAUUUACGCUUGAGCCAAUGAAUUAUGAAGAAAAUAAACUGACGCUACCAAGAGCUCACACUUGUUUUAAUAGGCUUGAUCUGCCAAGAUAUCCAUCCAAAGAAAUUAUGGAAAAAGGACUGCUUUAUGUGCUGAAUAACCAUGCUCUUGGUUUCGGAAAUGAGUAA